UCUCUCUCUCUCUUUCAUAGUCGUCCAUUUGUUUUGCUUGCAUUGCUCCGUUUCUAUCGGAUCCUCUCUUCGCAAAGCAAAUUACAAAGUUGGCCAUGUCAAAUUUCGGAUUUUCAUCGUCCUCUUCGUCUGCGUCUUCGUCGUCUCCACCUUCUUCAUCUACAUUCUCACUACCAUUGAGUGAUGAAGAUUCUCUUCCGUACCAGAAAUUUGCUUGUAUUCUCGUACGAGGUUCUCGUAUGGUUUUGGAGUGGUAUGUCUUUAACAUCUCCGACGAUGUUGAGCACAAUCAGGCUCCUCCUCCCCCUGGUCCUAGUCCGUUUCUACAAGCAGUAUUUCAUCCAAACUCCCACCAGCAGCCGCAUAUCAAACCCGCAGUGAUUGUACCUCCAGGAAUGAAGUGUUCCGUUUUAGGAUCCAACAACACUUUAUACCAUAUAGCUGGCCGCAGUUUUUGUGCUUCUGGACGCGACGAUUUAUUGUCUCGCUUUGACCUUACCAAUAUCAAAAAAUCUAGGCAAGAGUUUCUUCCUCCAAUGCCUAAUGGCAUUUUGUCAUCACAUGCCCUCUUUCUUGGCAAUAAGCUUUAUUGCCUAGGUGGUUAUGAAGAAAACAAACCUUGGGCCAUGGCUUACGACUUGAGUCUUGAUAGAUGGGACUCUUUAGUGGAUCCUCCUGACCGUCCCAAAAAUAUUGAUAAUAGUUUUUCAGUGGCUUUAGAGGUCCCAACCCCAACUAUUGUGGUGGGUUCAACUUUGCAGUCUUCUCCUCUCCAAAUCUAUGAUGUGCAUACCAAGUGUUGGAGACGACAUGAGUUUAUAAACAAGGAUGGCUUUUAUCUUUUCCCUCGGGGACAACCUGUGGCUGUUGAUAGCAAGUUUUAUUGGUAUGAAUUCAACUAUCAAUGCCUAACCGCAUUUGAUGUGGUCACAAACGAGUGGUCAUUGGCCUAUGUCCCUAUACAUGACAGUCAUGAAUGUCUAUUGGAUGGAGAGAUCGAUUCACCUCCGCGCUUGGCUCAUCUAGCUGGUGAUGAUUUUUGCUUGUUUUGGGGAUCCCCCUGCCAGCAUUACGAACCUGGUGCCCCUCUUGACAGCGACACAUCUCGCCUUCAUUGCCUGAAGUUUCGUAUUUCCAAAGUUCACCCAAAGCAAGGAUCAACUUUUCGCUUGGAUGCCUCUAUCCUGUCAUGCCAAUCCUACGUUGUGCCUGGCAUAAAGCUCUUUUUUGAUGGCUUCGUGGGGGACGGUCAUUUGGAUUUGGGAUACAACUGCUUGGAAGUUUGACAACAUGAGUGGUAUUUUUGUGUUUACCUUUUUUUCAUUUUCCCCUUUU